GCGAGUCCGCGGAGUCCUUGGAGCGGCGGAGCGGAGCGGGAGCGGGAGCGGGCAGGGCCGGGCCGGGCCGGCCGGACGACAUGCAGCGCUGGGGCCGCGUCGCCUGCGCGCUCGCCCGGAGAAAUCAUUUUGAUCGGAUUCCUCAUGGCCUGCAGGGAGUUUGUGCGGUGUCGCGAAGGACCUACGCCGACCAAGUUGAUGCCGACGUCACCGUUAUUGGAUCUGGUCCUGGAGGGUAUGUUGCUGCUAUCAAAGCAGCUCAGCUUGGAUUUAAGACUGUCUGUGUUGAGAAAAAUGAAACAUUAGGUGGAACCUGUUUGAACGUUGGAUGUAUUCCUUCUAAGGCCUUGCUGAACAACUCGCAUCUGUAUCAUUUGGCCCAUGGAAAAGAUUUUGCUAGUAGAGGAAUUGAAAUUACAGGAAUGCGUUUGAAUCUGGAGAAGAUGAUGGAACAGAAGAGUGGUGCAGUGAAGGCCUUAACAGGUGGAAUUGCUCAUUUAUUUAAACAAAACAAGGUUGUACAUGUUUCUGGGUUUGGGAAAAUAACUGGCAAAAACCAAGUCACUGCAACCAAAGAAGAUGGCAGCACGCAAGUUAUCAAUACAAAGAACAUCCUUAUAGCUACAGGUUCCGAAGUUGCUCCCUUCCCUGGAAUUACUAUUGAUGAAGAUAAUAUUGUAUCAUCUACUGGUGCACUAUCACUAAAAAAAGUUCCUGAAAAGAUGGUUGUCAUUGGUGCAGGAGUCAUUGGUGUGGAACUGGGUUCAGUUUGGCAGCGCCUUGGUGCAGAUGUGACAGCUGUUGAGUUCAUGGGCCAUGUUGGUGGAAUGGGAAUUGACAUGGAGAUCUCUAAAAACUUUCAACGUAUUCUUCAGAAACAGGGGCUUAAGUUUAAACUAAACACCAAAGUUACUGGUGCUACCAAGAAGCCAGAUGGAAAAAUUGAUGUAGCCGUUGAAGCUGCUGCUGGUGGCAAGGCAGAAGUAAUAACUUGUGAUGUGCUCCUGGUUUGCAUCGGUAGACGUCCUUUCACAAAAAAUCUAGGUCUUGAAGAUAUUGGAAUUGAACUUGAUAAGAAGGGCAGAAUCCCAAUCAAUAACAGAUUCCAAACCAAAAUUCCGAACAUCUAUGCUAUUGGUGAUGUAGUUGCUGGACCUAUGCUGGCCCACAAAGCUGAGGAUGAAGGCAUUCUCUGUGUUGAAGGGAUGGCUGGGGGAGCAGUUCACAUCGAUUAUAACUGUGUACCCUCUGUGAUAUACACUCACCCUGAAGUGGCCUGGGUUGGCAAAUCAGAAGAACAGCUGAAAGAGGAGGGGAUAGAGUACAAAAUUGGGAAGUUUCCAUUUGCUGCUAACAGUAGAGCAAAGACAAAUGCUGACACAGAUGGCAUGGUGAAGAUACUUAGUCAAAAAUCAACAGAUAGGAUGUUGGGCGCUCACAUUUUAGGCGCAGGUGCUGGUGAGAUGGUUAAUGAAGCAGCUCUUGCUAUGGAAUAUGGAGCAUCAUGUGAAGACGUAGCCAGAGUUUGCCAUGCGCAUCCAACAGUGUCAGAAGCCUUCAGGGAAGCAAACUUAGCAGCGUCUUUUGGCAAAGCUAUCAACUUCUAAAAUGAAAGCAGUUCCUUGUACAUGUAUAGUAAAUGUCUGAAAAUGGACUGUGAGCUUUUAUGGAAAGCUGAAUCUGAGGAUUUUAGGACUGAAUUAAGUGAAUCUCUUCAUUUUAAGCAGCAAAUAUUUAACCAAAUAGGGUUUGUAACAAGUUGAAUUAUCUAGUCUCUGUAAAUUAAAUACUUAAAAUUACAUGUUUAUUUACUUUACGAAUGUUGCAGAAAAACAGCCUGAAAGAACUCUUUUCUCUUUUUAUGAAACCAAACAUUUCACUGCUGCAUGAGAUAAUCAGGUGUGCUGGUCAAAGCUCUGGAUAAGUGACCAGUGUAUCUGGUGUAUUCUUAUUUGAAGUACUGAUAGACUAAACCAGUUUGAUGCUGGCACUUAAAAUGCCACUGUCACUUCCGCACAAAAAUGUUGUGGUGUUUCCUUGUGAAAGGGAUUAAUUUAGUAUUUAACCUAUUUCUUCUGAAGUGUAAGUACAAAAAUUUUGUUUUCAUCUAGUAGCAUUAGGAUUGUGGGAGGGGCUCAUAUAGGUGGAUUAAAAUUAUAUUAACUUUUUUAAAAGAAAAUUUAUUCCAUUUGUGUGUGAUUCUCCACACAUCAUGUUUUCAUAUUGAAAACUCAUUGGGGAAAAAAAUCAAGUGCUGAUGGAGAAAACUGAAGAAAUCUUAAUCUUAUUGUUACUUAAUCCUUUUUGUUUUUGAAGCUUUUUCCAAUGUCCACCUGUCUUAAAGUAAUCUCAAAAUGCUAAAACUUGGUAUUGAAGCAGCGCUGUUAAGUCUGAUGGCAUGAGGGUUAUUCCUCUGCACUCUCCACAUGUUAAGGGCUGCAGUGUCAGCUCUCCACACAAUUUAGACAUACUUUUUCAUUUGUUCUUCCCUGUGUUUUCUAUUUUGUGCUCUCUUUGCAUCUCUUCUGUAGCAAGAGAGCUUGAUGUGUGAAAGGUCUGUAGCCUUCCACUAAUAAAUAUUUAACGUGGCUGGA